AUGGAGGCACCUCCAGGCAUCGAUCCGAACGAGACGCGGCAACCGCUCAUCAUUGGUGUCACAGCAUUCGUCCUUUCAAUCGCCUUCCUCGCCGUAUCAAUACGAACAUACACCAGAGCGGUUAUGCUUAGACAAUUCGGUAUGGAUGAUUGGGCAGCUAUCGGCACAUUUUUCCUAAUAUUUGCUUGCGGGCUUUCCGUCGCUAUAAAUACAAAGAAUGGCUUCGGAAAGCAUGUGUAUUUCCUCAGGCCUGAUCAAAUCAAGUCCUAUUUGAUGACGUUUUAUAUCACGAUUGUUUUCUAUAAUGCCGCACUUGCAGGCAUCAAGAUGACAUUCCUUCUUCAAUACUGGCGCGUGCUGGCCAUCCAUAAGAUGAAGAAGGUUUUCAUGGUCGCCAUGUUUGUCGUCGGGUGUUGGAGCAUCUCACAGCUACUGGUUGAGAUCUUCAUCUGCACCCCUAUUCCCACCUUUUGGGACAAAGAUGUCAAGGGCACUUGUAUCCCUAACUACCCGCAAUGGUAUAUCAAUGCCGCGGGCAACAUCAUUACCGAUCUAAUCGUCUUUAUUCUGCCGCUUCCUGUUAUUGGUAAACUGAAGCUUGCUCGUGGUCAGAAAUUUGUCCUCCUCGGCAUUUUUUGCCUCGGGUUCUUUACAUGCACCAUUUCGUUCAUUCGGAUUCGCUUCCUUCAUCUUGCUGAAGACUUCACCUGGGACAAUGUCGAGACCGCUGGUUGGUCUGUCGGCGAGCUGUGCUGUGGUCUAACUUGCGCCUGCCUCCCAACUUUCCGCCCCCUCGUAUCACGCUUUAUUCCCGCUCUUUCGAGUCGUAUCACCAAGUCUUCCAAAUACAACGGCUAUGGCUUCUCGUCAGGAAAGGCAGCGGGUGUCUCGAAGCACCGUGACGUCGAACUUGGCGCCAGCCCUCCCAUUCGCAGUCUCGGUAGCAUUUCCAACCAUUACUCAAAGCCCAGACCCGAAUCAUCGGAUAGCAAGGCUGACCUCUACGGCGCGGCAACUUACAAUCUAAGCCAUUCGGGCUCAAGCCAUGACGGUGGAUUGCCAAUUCAAGGAGCCAGGGAGGGCGACGACCAUCACCAGGAAGAUACAGAAAGCGUCCCAUCUCCCUUAAUAUUCCAACAGAAUCCGCGAGAGACUAUAGAAUUAGGAGGUUACAAGUCCAGCCAGCGCCCAAAGGUGGAGACGCACAUCGGAACCGGGUCAAGGCUUCCUGGACAGCAGAAAUCGCAGUCGGUGACGAGCCCCAUUGAAGUCAGGUGCGAGAUUGUGCAGGUUGCAUCUCCGAAGGGUGGGCCAAGAUGA